AGUAUGGAAGAAUCCGUGAAGCGCUUUGCAGCGCUCGAAAGCGGAAAAAGUACAACACUAGCACCUAUAAACAUAUCGAUAAUUAGUGAUGUGAUUGAAUUUUAUAAAUAGAAAUAAUUAACGACAUUUAUUUUUGGAAAAAUGUACAAGGGCCUCGGAAAAUGGUUUUCUUUAUGACAUUCAAAAGUGCUAACUUGAUAAAGAACGAAUGAGUGAGUAAAAUAAUGGGUUAAGUGUUAAAUAAAAGUGAAUGAACGAUUAGCAAAAUGAAAAGGCGCAAAAAAGACAGCAAAGUUCGUGUUAGGUUUAAUAUUACCAAUGUGACCGGUAUGAACCGAGGCUCCAGAGAGGAGCUGCUGGGCAGUUCUCAAGAGGCGCUGCGGAACAGCCAGCAUGACCUUCGGCAGGUGUACGAGAGGCCGCUCACCAAAGAAGAGAAGACUUUCCUCCUUCAUGCUGACAGAGGAGACUAUGUUACCGUUAAGAGAUUGAUAGAACAAUACGUGUCUCAGAGCGAUGUCUUAGACAUUAACUGCGUGGACCCGCUCAACCGGUCGGCUCUCAUAGCGGCCAUAGAGAAUGAGAACAUCGAGCUCAUCAAACUACUGCUGCAGUCUGGUAUCAAGGUCAAGGAUGCUCUUCUCCACGCCAUCAAGGAAGAGUAUGUGGAAGCUGUAGAACUGCUGCUGCAAUGGGAAGAAGACAACCACGUGCCUGGAGAACCUUAUAGUUGGGAGUCAGUAGACCCGUCAUCAGCGACCUUCACCCCUGACAUCACGCCGCUGAUCCUGGCUGCUCACAGGAACCACUACGAGAUCCUCAAGAUCCUGCUGGAUAGAGGCGCCACCCUGCCGGUGCCACACGACGUCAAAUGCGGUUGUGACGAGUGCGUGAAAUCCUCUCAAGAAGACUCUCUGCGUCACUCCCAGGCGAGGAUCAACGCCUACCGAGCCCUUUCAUCCCCGUCCCUCAUCGCCCUGUCUUCUGCUGACCCUCUGCUGACUGCCUUCCAGCUGUCCUGGGAGUUGGGCCGGUUGAGCAGAAUGGAGACUGAGUUUAGGGUUGAGUAUAAGGCAUUACGUCAACAAUGUCAAGAGUUUGCAACCUCCUUGCUAGACCACACGAGGACCUCCAAGGAGUUGGAGAUCAUGCUGAACUAUAAUCCCUGGGAUGUGGACUGCUGGGAGCCGGGGGAGCGACAGACUCUUGGCAGGUUGAAGCUGGCUAUCAAGUAUAAGCAGAAGAUGUUCGUAGCUCAUCCAAAUGUACAGCAAUUGUUAGGAGCGAUAUGGUACGAAGGCUUGCCUGGAUUCAAGAGAAAAAAUAUUGUAGGACAAUGUAUACAGGUGGCUAAACUAGGAGUGAUGUUCCCUGUAUAUUGUACGAUAUACAUGUUGGCGCCCAACUCCGAGUACGGCCGGUUUAUGAAGAAACCUUUCGUCAAGUUUAUCUGUCAUAGCUCUUCUUAUAUGCUGUUUCUUACACUUCUCUCCCUAGCAUCCCAAAGAGCAGACUACCUAGUUCUAGAAUGGUCUGGUAUCACCUGGUUGAAGGAGCUGGUGGAAUACUGGAAGGAACAUGAACGAGGAUCACUGCCCAGCCUCAUAGAGUUCGGCGUCAUCAUCUACAUAGCAAGUCUUAUCUGGGCAGAAAUAAGAUCCUUAUGGACAGGAGGUAUAACGGAGUACAUCAGUGAUCUGUGGAAUAUAGUGGACUUCAUCACGAAUGCGUUUUACAUCGCCUGGAUAAGCUUACGGUUCUCAUCUUGGUAUAUUGUCCAGCGUGACUACAAUUCUGGAGUAGACCCCUGGUAUCCUCGAGAAAGCUGGGAUUCCUACGACCCCAUGCUGCUCUCAGAAGGUGCCUUCGCAGCUGGCAUGAUCUUCUCCUUCCUGAAGCUAGUCCACAUCUUCUCCAUCAACCCGUACCUUGGACCUCUACAGGUGUCUCUAGGAAGAAUGAUAUUGGAUAUCCUCAAAUUCUUCUUCGUUUACAUGUUGGUGCUUUUUGCUUUUGGAUGCGGUUUAAAUCAAUUGAUGUGGUACUACGCUGAGCUAGAAAAAAAUAAAUGUUAUCAUCACCCAAAUGGGAUGCCAGAUUUUGAUGGACAAGAACGAGCUUGCACUAUAUGGAGACGAUACGCAAAUUUAUUCGAAACAUCUCAGUCUCUAUUCUGGGCGUCUUUCGGCUUGGUAGACCUGACGACUUUCGAGCUGACCGGCAUCAAGAGUUUCACCAGAUUCUGGGCUCUCCUCACCUUCGGGUCCUACUCGGUGAUCAAUAUCAUCGUACUGCUGAAUAUGCUGAUUGCUAUGAUGUCGAAUUCUUAUCAAAUUAUUUCGGAACGAGCAGACACCGAGUGGAAGUUCGCUCGCAGCAACCUGUGGAUGUCAUAUUUCGAGGAUGGGGAUACCGUCCCUCCCCCCUUCAACAUCAUCCCCACCCCCAAGCACUUCAUGUGCUGGAUCAAGCGCUGCUUCAAUAAUAGGGAUCGAGGGUCUAUUAUUAACAAAUCCCGCGAGAAAGCCCGUCAAGAGCACGAAGCAGUCAUGCGGGUCCUAGUCCGCCGGUACGUCACAGCAGAACAGAGAGCCAGAGACGAGACCGGAGUCACCGAGGACGAUGUCAUGGAGAUCAGACAGGACAUCUCGACGUUACGAUACGAGCUUAUUGAUAUACUGCAUAAUAAUGGCAUGAAGACGCCAAGGAUUACUAUGCAGGAUGCUACGGUUGCCGGCAAAAAAGGCAAAGUGAUGGAGAGGCGGAUUCUGAAAGACUUCCACAUCGGAAUAGUGGAGGGUAUCAUAAAAGACGUAAUUUCUAAAGAGAACAAGCCUAAGGAUGUGUUCAGUCAGAUCGCUAAAGCUAUCGUCAGGAGAGGUAGCACUGAUAGCAAAAAACGUGACUGGAACGCCUUAGUGAGAACUAACACGGUGCGCAAGGAUCCUAUUGGCACGACUGCUGAGGCUGAGACCAAGAGGAGCCGGCAGUCUCUCCGAGCUCACAUCCUGGACAACAUGGCUAGCAGGACUAUAGAUCCACAGAAAUUGUUAGAAUACAAUCCUCAACUAGCUGGCGUGUCUCCUUGCACGAGGGUAGCAUACGCGAAGUUCAUGAGGAGCAAGAUAAAAUCCGACUUCACCGAACGAGAGAAGAAGGGAAGACGACUAUCAGAGAUCAGCUUAGAAGAUGAGGUGUUUGACGCGCCGAAGAAGAGAGAGAGUUGUAGGAGAUGCAGUGCUCGUUCGUUCCGUAGCAGAACGCCGAUCCCUGAAAAUUCUGAUGAUGAGGGACUCAAUGAAAACGAAAUAGAAGUGGAAGCGGAUGUUGAGGACAAAGGUUCAGAAGGUGGAUCAGAACAAACACGUCCUCUGAAGUCUUCAUCUCAAGAGCCAUCAGAGCCCAGUACACCAGCCUUCGACCCUGCCGACGGCAGCCGCCUCCCCCCACCAACGGAAUUCCAAUCAACCGACCACGUCAUCACCAUCGAACCUGACACCCCCACCAGAACACUCUACAUGACUGAGGAAGAAGAUUCUAACCUUCAGAAACCUAUUACUCCUACUCCUAGCAUUCACUCUCAAUCUGAGCAAAUCCUAUCAGCUGCCAGCUUAGAGGCUCAGUACAAACAAAUGACAUCAGAAGUUCCUGUCGUGGUGACGUCAGAACCUCCGACGGGAACGAUGACGUCAGACCCUCCGACGGUAGUGGUGACGUCAGAGGUCAGUGAACCUGAGGUUUCGCCUCGAACGUCCUCAGUUCCUCCUAGGUCAGCAAGAGUUAGUCCAGCACCUUCGCCUAGUUACGGACGAGGUAGGGGCAAAUCUAAAGCUACAGGAAAAGUGGUUUCUGGGUGGCUCUGAGUUUUUUUAAGACCCUUGGCCUGAUUUUGGAUUAUGAUGUCUAGUCAUUUAUGUGUGGCCUGAAUUUUGAAGAGCAAUGAACUUAGGGUCGUUACAAAAAUAAUACAAAAGUUUUAUUUUCGAGAAUAACUUUCAAGAUAUUAGAAUAAACUAUUGUUGUAAAAGACACGCCUAACUACCUAACCGAUUGAAAAGUCAGUAAGAUAAAGCUAUAUUACUUCUAAGUUCUAUUUUAGAUUGUAUUUAUUCGUGCAUAACCCUCGAACAAAGCUAAGAAUAUUUUCGAAAAUAAGAUGAACUUUUUCAUUUUUGUGCUAACCCUAAUUCUUUGCUCUCAAGUGUAUAACGAAUCGACGUAUUAGUGAGAUAUCUGUUAUUAGAGCAAUAACUAGUUUGUAUCUAAAUGUCCUUGCCGUCUUAGAUCAGUCUGGGUCACAGGGCUAGACUAGAAUCACUGCCACAUAUCAUCUUUGUUACUUAUCUAUCGAACUAAGAAGAUUUUUAAUACUUUGUUCUGGAAUUUGCUAUGUGGGUUACAGACUAAACUAGUAAUCUGUGACUAAACUAUUUGUAUCGAAUCAAGUUUUAGUGCUAGAUGAUUCUCUAAUAUUAUUUUGUCACACUUAAAUCCUUCCUUUCUUAGGGGGCAUUUAAACCAAAACGAGAGAAUAGUCAUUCGAUCCCCAUCUAUCAUAUUUAUAUUUUAAGGAGAACCCAGCAUCUGUUUACAAAAGGAUUUGAUAGGGUGACAAUGCCAAAAUACCACGAAAAAUCUUUCUAUAUUCAAUUGGUAAAUGCAUCCAAAGUAAGAUGACCUCUUUCUUAUUUUUUUUCAUAUCUUUAAAAGAUGCCGUCCAUCUGACCGUCUAGAAAACCAAAGUGCCUUCGUCCUAUACUUAAAUUACGACUAGCUUGUGACCCAGAAAUAUAGUCUACACUUAGGUAUUUAAAAAAUUAUGAUAAAUUAGAUACCACUUCAUGUUUUCAUAUAGGUUUUCAUCCGACAGAACUAAUUUUUUCUUUACAAAAUUUUUAAUGCUGUAUUUUGUCGAAUGUCUCCUUCUAAAAAGGUUUAAAUUCACGUAUUUUAGAGACCUUGAUAAAUUCACAAUAGUUGGUGUUAGAGUUAGCCAAAAUACCUCUAGUUUUCUGUCACUUUUACAUCAUGAAUUUGACUUUGAAAUAAAGUGCGUGGGUCAUUUUACAUACUUUUGCUAUUUAUCUGAAUUUUGGCUUCAACUGCAGAAGUUAUAUUUAAUUUUCUAUCUACAUAGAAAUUAUUGAAGAAAAGGGAUCUAUAAGAGUUAUAAACUUCCGAACAACUUCUUUCAUAAAGUAUACCCUUUUUGUUAACUCCUAAGAGUGACUUAUUAAUAAAUGCAAAAGAAUGAACGUUUUAAGUUUAAUUUCUAUUGUCUACUGUUAAUGCCAUUGUUUUUCGUAGAGUAUUGUAUUUUUCAAUAGAAUUAGGUUAUUUCCGUUGAUCCAAUACGUAACUGUUAUGAUGUUAGAAUGGUUGGUAAACGAUGUAUUUUAUAUAGAAACAGAUAUUGUAGGUAUUAAUGCUGAAACAAAAUAAUUUGAUGUCACCAUAAACCAAAAUAAACAAUUUGACUAUUUGAGGAUUAAUUUGUCCGAUAAAGAUCGUUGUUAUAAAAUUAUGUGAAAGAUUACUGAUACUGGCCAUAUUUUUUUACGUUUCAUAUCCAUAGCUGUUAUGUUUUAUAUUUUAAUUACAAUACACAAUUGCAACGAACGAUACACUAACGCAAGCACACAAAUUCUGUAACAACAUGCCUUUACAGGACCAACAUGUACUGUAGUUUGUUGACUUAGUCUUAAGCGUAUGGUUAAUAAAGAAAAUAAAACCUUUGGUUUA